CUGUCGGGAAAAAGGUUGUUUAAGAACUAGAUUUGUUGUUUAUGUGAUAUAUUCUAACAUCAACCAUCGCAUAAGAAACCCAUGGGCUACAAACGUUCUCCCACCGCCAUGAUCAUCCCCGGAAAGGCCGAGCCGGAGAAGCUCUCCGGCUGGACUGCUGAACUCGAAAAACGCAACCUAGAGACGGUGAAAACAGUGUACAAGGCGCUGCGCGAUGGCCAAGCGGAGAAGCUAGUGAAGGUGGUGAGGUCAGAGUUGGAAUGGUGGUACCAUGGACCUCCUCAUUGCGAGCACAUGAGGAGACUGUUGACCAGCGAGUCAACGACGAAAGCCUUCAGGUUUCGACCUCGGAGGAUCAGGGCCGUCGGAGACCGUGUGAUGGUGGAAGGGUGGGAGGGGGCGGGAGAGUAUUGGGUGCACGUCUGGACAGUCAGCCACGGGAUCAUUGCUCAGCUGCGCGAGUACUUCAACACCUUCAUCACGGUGGUGCUUCGAGUUUCCGAGGAUGGUGACGAGGCUCGGUUGUGGCGGAGCUCCGACCGGGUCCGCGUUCGGGUUCAUGGGUCGUUACCGGAUCUUGUGCUUUCGGUUUAAAUCAUGUUGUUUUAACUCCUUCACCACCCUCGUGUUGCGCUCCAUAUAUUCUUCUUUGCAUUCUUCUGUGCCAGCUCUAAAAUACUAAUUAAUUCAAGAUUAUGGAUUAAAUUCCCUAUAACCUCACUCUAAUUGAAUGGUAGAUUAACAAUGGAAGAUGAAUGUGAGAGAGGGAUUCUC